AUGGCCGCUGCAUUCGACGAGGAAGACCUCGCUAUCCCCCUCCCGUCCGACCGCGAUUGUCCGCGUGAACGUGCGAGGCCCGCUUCCAACCCCUCCGCCAUGGCAAUGCCCCCGCCCUCAAAGCCGACCGGCAAAGUCGAGGACCCGGUGCAGUCACCGUCGACUACCCGAGAUAUGCAACGCCUCGACCAGUACCAGACUAUAAGGGUCUUGGGGGAGGGUUCCUUUGGAAAAGUAAAACUUGCCAUUCACCAGCCAAGUGGACGUCAAGUUGCCCUAAAGAUUAUCUCACGACGCAAGCUACUCUCCCGAGACAUGGUUGGGCGCGUGGAACGAGAAAUCCAGUAUUUGCAAUUGCUACGACACCCUCAUAUCAUUAAAUUGUAUACGGUGAUUGCGACGAAGUCCGAUAUUGUAAUGGUGCUGGAGUACGCAGAACGAGAAUUGUUCGAUUAUCUCGUGAGGAAGGGAAGAUGUGGUGACGACGAAGCCCGGAAAUUCUUUCAACAAAUCAUUUGCGCUGUGGAAUACUGCCACCGACACAAGAUUGUACACCGUGACUUGAAGCCCGAGAACCUGCUCAUCGACAACCAGAAGAACGUCAAGAUUGCGGACUUCGGGUUAAGUAAUAUUAUGACAGACGGCAACUUCCUCAAGACCAGCUGCGGUAGCCCGAACUACGCUGCCCCAGAGGUCAUCUCUGGAAAGCUCUACGCCGGCCCGGAGGUGGACGUAUGGAGUUGUGGUGUGAUUCUAUAUGUGUUGUUGGUUGGCCGAUUGCCUUUUGACGAUGACUACAUUCCAGCUCUUUUCAAGAAGAUCGCAGCGGGCACCUUUCACAUACCCGGAUACAUCUCAUCUGGGGCAGCUCGUUUGAUCCGGGCAAUGCUUCAAGUUCACCCUGUCCACCGCAUUACAAUCCCUGAGAUCAGAUUGGACCCAUGGUUCACUAAAAACCUCCCUCAGUACCUGGAAACACCGCGAGAGGAGUUCAUCGCCCCGGGAGCGGACUCGAAGAAAGUUGAUUCUGCAAAGCUUGACAUGGCAAAGCCUCUACCAGUCCAGCACAAAAUCCAUCGAAUUGCAGUUUCCAAGCUCGAACGAAGCAUGGGAUAUGGCCGCGAGGAUAUCGAAGAGGCAUUGAGACACCCAGAACCCAGUGCGAUCAAGGAUGCCUUCUCUAUUGUCGUGGAGAAUGAGAUGAUGCAAACCAAUUCACCGACGGAAGAUAAUUUGCUGGCACAAAAUGUCCAGAAAGGAGCUGCCCCUUCAUCUGCAGAUCGAAAUCCUGCGCCUCGUCAUCAAGGGUCCCCUGCCCCCACCAUGAACAGGACCGCUAGCGCAUCGCACCGGAGGGCCUCGGAGGAUCUACAGCAAUCAGAAUCCGAGGAAGAACCCCGUGUUAGCCACGUCCGGAUUCUCCCUACAAGCCUGCCAUAUGUUCACGACCAACUCAUGGAACAACGUGAUCGAGACAGAAGAGCCCACAACGAAAUGCUCGAGCAGCGUCGUCAAGAAGCCGCGCAUCUUGACCCCGAAGGACAUGGGUCUGCCUAUCGGGACAUGUCUCCCGAAGAACAGGCUGCCACGACCCGUGCAUUGAAGCCUCACGCACGCAGUGUCAUCGACUUGGACAAAUUGCGAUUCGAGCCGCCAACCGGUCAACCCCUCGAAAAACAGCCAAAGCGGAGCCGCAAAUGGCAGUUUGGUAUUCGAUCCCGAAACCAGCCAUAUGAGGCCAUGCUGUAUCUGUACCGGGCAAUUGCUGCCCAGGGUGGAUUGUGGGACAUUCAACCCGUGGAGUCAGGCACCAAUGCCGGCCCCGAUACCAUCCCCUCACCUGAUAAACCCAAACCCUUGCAGAGCAAAUACCCCGACCUCCCAUCCGACUACUACAUUCCGAAGGACCCAUGGUUUAUCCGUGCACGUCUGCUGAAAGAAGGAAUCAAGGCCCCUGGCGCUUCCACCAGUGUUUACAAUAGCCGUAGCGACCUCGAAGAACUGCGCCGCCGCUUUAACAUCUCAGGGAUCUCUGCCCCAACAGAAGAUAGGAGCAGAGACCUCCAAUCCUCCGUGCCUGACAGCGGGCUUACGAGCGGGCCCUCCUCGGCAAAUGGACCGAGUGGACUGCCCCACAUUACCUACGGUGUCUGGGUCUUCCUUGACAUCCAGCUUUACCAACUCGAAGAAAACAACUACAUGGUUGAUUUUAAAUGCGAUGGCUACCAGAAUGUGAUCCGCGCUAGCGGCGACGCGGAAUGGCAUCCCAUCAGCAAGCGCCUCAAGAACAAGGAGAAGGAGGUGACCAGCCCUUACCCCUUCCUCGAUGUGGCGUCUGAUCUUGUCGCCCAGCUGGCUGUGGCAAGCUAG